ACAGAUGAAGAAACAAAAUAAAUCAAAAGAUUCGCUCCUCCCCCAUUUUGGGCUUGGAGAAGAAUAUGUGUGUAAAUGACUAAAGUACCCUUGGGAGAAUCCAAGUAAUUACCAAACCUCUUUUCUCCUUUUGUGUUUCCGGCCAAUUUCUUCGUCUCUCUUCUCUUCUUCAGUCUCUCGCUCUCUCUCUGCACACUCUCUCUCUCAAAAACCCGACAAUAUUCUUCUUCGAUCCCCUCUCUCUUUCUCGCUACCGAUCUUCUUUCCCGCAACUUUUCUUCCGCUGCCGUUAUCGUCUUCGUUGAAGGUGAUGAGUAUGGCUCAAAUGCAAGAAGAAAUGAGUGGUUGUCCCCUCAAUGGUGACAAAGGUGAAGUUUUUACAGUGUCACCUCAGGAAAAAGGAAGGAAAAACAAGAGGAAAUUAGCUGAUCCUUCUCAUCCUGAUGCUGCUUCUCUCACUGAAUUCCCUCCAUAUGAGUUGCCUUCCUUGAAAUCUCUGAACUCGGUUGGGAAAGUUUCUGAAGUUGAAGAUUCUGAGUCUGUCGAAUGGGAUGACCCGUUCGCCUGUCAUCUUGUAGAAUUGCUGUCAUCAAAUUUGCUCACGCUCUUCCUUAAUGCAAUGAAGCAGCUUAUUGAUUGUGGCUACACUGACGACGAGGUUUUGAAAGCUAUUUCAGGGAGUAGGCUCUACUGUGGAGGCAAUGAUCUUGUGUCAAACAUUGUUAAUAACACCUUGAGUGUUCUCAAGAAUGGAGACGAAGGUGCUGGUUCUGGAGACUAUGUGUUUGAGGAUCUACAACAGCUUGUUUCGUAUACGUUGAUAGAGAUGAUAAGUCUUGUUAAGGAGGUUAGGCCAUCUCUAUCUACAGUUGAAGCUAUGUGGAGGCUUUUGAUGUGCGACUUGAAUGUCUUGCAAGCCUUUGAAGUUGAAACUGACGGAUUGGUGACUUCUAGUAAAUCUUCUGAUUCUGAAACUCUUGGUGCUGAAUGUAAUCCUCCGAAAUCUAGUGAACCAGAUAACCCUAAGCCUUCACAAUCCAAUGCUCAAGGCAAUCGGAGUGAGCCACUCAAAUUUGGAAAUUUCCCAAAUAUACCCAACUCCAAAAAAACUCUGUGUAGUGGAUAUGCUCCAGGAAAAGAAGCAUUCUCGUGUAGCACUGGUUCUUGUGAAGGUAUGAAAAGUACAUCUUUUACUCUAGUCUCUGAUGAAAAAUUGGUAUCUUGUCGAAAAGGCCGCACUAAAAAAGAGAUAGCCAUGCUUCGGCAAAAAUCAUGCGUGGAGAAGAUUAGGACUUACAGCAAAUGCAAGGCGGCAAAGUUUGCAUCAGUUGGCAGCUUCCUUUUAGAGAAAAGAGUAAAAUCAUCUUCUGACUUUGUGGCUAGAAAUUCUUCAUCAAAGAUGACAACAGAGAUUGGAGUGAAAGUUUCACUAACUGAGGAUGGCAGCUGUUUUGUAAGAAAAAGCAGUAAGUUGGAUUCACCUGUGGUAAUGGUAGAUGCAAAGGGCUUUAUAACUACCUUACCUGCUACUUCGGUUAAAUCUGCUUCAAAAAAAAAGUCCGGUUCUGGGGCUGCAACUCUGAUACCAUCAGCUUCAGAAAAGAAGCCUGAAUCUUUGGUACCAUCGUCUUCAGAAAAAAAGUCUGGUUCUUCGGUACCAUCAGCUUCAGAAAAGAAGCCUGGUUCUUCGGUACCAUCAGCUUCAGAAAAAAAGUCUGGUUCUGAGUCUGAAGAAAAGGAAUCUAUGUCUGCAAAACUAGCACCAGAUUACUACGCUGGGAUACCGUAUGAUGCAUCUUUGGGUAUAUAUGUUCCCCGGGAUAAAAAAGAUGAAUUGGUUCUAAAGCUAGUUCCCCGACUGAAUGAUCUGCAGAAUGAAUUGCAGGUCUGGACUGACUGGGCUAAUCAGAAAGUAAAGGAAGCAACUGGUAGACUUCUUAAGGACCAACCAGAGCUUAAGGCACUAAGGAAAGAGCGACAAGAGGCAGAACAGUAUAAAAAAGAGAAGCAGUUAUUGGAAGAAAACACUAGGAAAAGGCUGUCUGAGAUGGAUUUUGCGUUGAAGAAUGCAACCAGCCAGUUGGAAAAAGCUCACAAUACCGCUCGCAGACUCGAGCUGGAACAAUCUUUACUGAAGAAAGAGAUGGAAGCUGCUAAGACAAAAGCCGUCGAGUCUGCUGAGAGCUGUAGAGAAGCAAAAGAGAGAGGGCAAAAAUCACUGAAGGAUACUAACUCGUGGGAAGGGCAAAAAAUUAUGUUGCAGGAAGAGCUCAAGAGUCAAAGGGACAAGGUGACAGUGCUACAGAAAGAAGUUACCAAAGCAAAAAAUCGCCAGAAUCAAAUCGAGGCUACUUUGAAGCGAGAAAGAACAGCAAAAGGGAAACUCAGUGCUCAGGCUUCAUUGAUAAAGAAAGAAACAAAAGAACUUGAAGCACUUGGAAAAAUGGAAGAAGAGCGGAUGAAAGCGAAAGCAGAAACUGAUUUGAAAUAUCACGUAGAAAACAUAAAGAGACUCGAGAGAGAGAUCGCAGAGCUGAAACUGAAAUCAGAAUACUCGAGAAUAGUAGCACUGAAGAAAGGCAGCAGUGAGUCGAAGUCGAAGGCAGGAGCAGCAAAAAGAGAGAAUAUUGGGAUGACGAAAGUGAAAAGAGAAAGAGAAUGCGUCAUGUGUUUGUCUGAAGAGAUGAGUGUGAUAUUCUUGCCUUGUGCUCACCAAGUCCUGUGCUUGAAAUGCAAUCAGCUCCAUGAGAAAGAAGGAAUGAUGGAUUGUCCGUCUUGUCGUGGAACAAUCCAGAGGAGGAUUCAAGCUCGCUUUGCUCGCGCCGGUUAAAAUGCUUUUUAUUUUACCAGUUUUAAACUUAUAUAGAACAGUCAAGUCUCUCUUCUUCUCUCAGUGAAUGAAGAACACAGCUUUUGGUUAAAUAAUCCCACCUUGGCUUUUGCCUUUCUUACUA